GACUAGCAGUCAUACCACGCGUAAUUUGUAGUCGCAGAGCACUAGUUAAUUUUUUUUUAUUGCACUUCUUCUUAGACUGAACCCUUCAUGCCAGCCGCAUGCAGCCAUCUAUUUUGGGUUUUUAUCUCAAUCACAAACAUCAUCUAAAUGAUGAAAAUGAGACAAAGAGAAAAUUAUCGGGAUUUUCAUUUCCAUCAGUUGUUGUCAAAAUUUGAAGAUAGAUGUUUUUAACAGAAGUCGUCGGUUUCUUUCACCAAUAUAGCAUACUGCUGGAUCCAAUAAAAUAAUCGUAUCGCGUCAGAAGCGUCUGGUACGGGGGACCAAAGAGGAGGACUUGGAAUUUGAUACAGAGGGUAUUUUUUUAAAAUGGUGCUGUUAGGGUUGUUGGACAAUGCGAUGGUCAAAUCUCUUGUUCUUAUGUUUAGUUUGGCGUUGAUUUCUGAGUUUGUGGGAGCUCAGAAUGACACGGAGCCUAUAGUCCUGGAGGGCAAAUGUCUUGUGGUUUGCGACUCUAAUCCGACUACAGAUUGGAAGGGCUCGUCCUCUCCUCUAGGCAUUUCGGUGCGUGCGGCAAACUCCAAGGUGGCUUUUUCUGCGGUCCGGAGCAACAAUCAUGAACCGUCGGAGAUGAGCAAUAAAACAAGAAUCAUAUACUUCGACCAAGUUCUUGUGAAUAUAGGCAACUAUUUCACUUUGGAGUCAGUGUUUUUGUCACCCAGAAAAGGGAUCUACAGUUUUAAUUUUCACGUUAUAAAAGUGUACCAGAGUCAGACUAUACAGGUGAACUUAAUGUUGAAUGGGAAACCUGUCAUCUCAGCUUUUGCGGGUGACAAAGACGUAACUCGAGAGGCAGCCACCAAUGGAGUUCUGCUCUUUUUGGAUAAAGAGGACAAGGUCUACCUUAAACUGGAGAAGGGAAAUCUAGUUGGCGGAUGGCAAUACUCUACGUUCUCUGGUUUUCUUGUUUUCCCUCUGUAAAAAGAAAGAAAACCCCACAGUUCAAAUGACUUUAUCAACAAUGCAUUGUCACUGUAUAAUCAAAACAUUUCUACAUCAGUUGGAUCUAGCCAAAGGAUGGAUAAUGUCAUGUUCCGUGGUCAUGGAUUGCUACAGAGAGAUGAAAAGAGACAUUGAAAAGCUUGGUGUUUGAUGGAAUUGGGAAUCCCUCUACAAAUGCAAUACUGCUCCAAAAAACGACUUCAACAGACGAACCUCCCUUCACAAAAAUUCUACACACACAAACUUAACAGUCGUAGAAUAUGUUUAGCAUAACAUAUUUUCAAAAGAUGUCUUUCCUUUGGGGGAAAUGUAUUCGUUUUUCUUAGCAAGUGUGGCAUAUGUGGUAUUUAGCAGUGACAGAUCCUGUCUCGUCUGAUUAUACAAAAAUAUGUGAUUGAGUAUAGAAGCAUAGAAGAUGCAGGUCACUUCAGACAUCAACAGCACCAGUUUGUUUUGUCAGGCCAUUCCCAUGUGUAUCUCAUUACAAGACGAGCUCUGGCUAUUAAAUAAUCAGCUGUCUGAACCACAAUGGAGCAAGCCACUUGUUUCUGUAGGUGUGAGACACACUUGUGUGGUGUAUUAGGAAAUUACUGACAAAUUGGAGUAAAAUGGGCCCAAUGUUUGCAGAUAGAUGAACACAAUGCCAUUUAAUUGCAGGCAUACCCUUUAUAAAAGGAAUUUAUAUUCCUAAUUUAUAAUAUAUACAGUGCAUUCGGAAACUAUUCAGACCCCUUGACAUUUUCCACAUUUUGU